AUGCCGAGCCAGCAGGACUCAGUGAGUCAACUCGCUGAGAACAUGUUCUCCCACGAAACCAAUAACAACAACAUCAUCAUGCUUGCAGCCAUUAUUUCUCUCCUUCUCAUAAUCCUCUUCGUCCUCCUUCUACAUGUCUACACCAAAUGCUUCCUAACUCACUCCAACUCACUGUCAAUUCCCCGCCACCGGCAACCUCCGGCGAAUGUAAACCUCUCCUUUACUCUAUCAAACAACAUCCUCACUAACAUCUCCAACAUUAAACCACCACCAGCAACUCCUUACCACCUUCUGCAACCUCCUUCCGUUAGCGUUACUCCCUCUACCUCCACCCUUAAUACUCAUUGUUUCUCUCCCUUUGUACACCCAUUGACACCCAACCUUCAUCGAUCCAUAACCCCUUCAUCUUCACCAUUCAAUUAUCGUCACCUCCCUCCAAACAGCUUCCACGACCCACCCUCUCUGUGA